CAUUUCCCCAUCUCGCCGGAGGGCUUUCACAUGUUUCUUUUCCAGCCCAGCGCACCAAGGCAACAGUUCGGAGAUUCCUCUAUAAUACACUUACAGAGCGGGAUACAGUCACCACAAAUAAUCACGAUCAUCGCAGACCAAAACAUUCACCCAAAGUCAAACUGGGUCACUGAGACAGACAGCGAAGCAUUCAGUGCCGCGCUGGUGUGAGAGAUCCGACGUGGAAUAUCACACGCAAUAAACGACAUGUCUCCUCGAGUAACGUUGCAAUUGUCCGGUCCUGUGUCGUUAGAGACCGUAGAAUAACACGCCAACCAGCUGUGAAUACAACGACCAUUCUGUGGCCAAAGCGCAUACGACGAACAGGACACAAAGAGGAU